GAGCAGAGCCUCCCGUCCGCCAGCACCACCUGAGGAUCCUGGAAACAGCCCCCGCGAUGGAAGAGGACCAGGAGCUGGAAAGGAAAGCAAUAGAAGAACUGCUUAAGGAGGCAAAACGUGGGAAAACUAGAGCAGAAACAAUGGGACCUAUGGGUUGGAUGAAGUGUCCUCUUGCUGGUACAAAUAAAAGAUUUCUCAUUAACACAAUUAAGAACACACUGCCCUCGCAUAAAGAGCAAGACCAUGAACAAAAAGAAGGCAAUAAGGAACCUGCAAAAAGCCAGGACCAGAAAGAAGAAAACCCUAAGAAGCACAGAAGCCAUCCUUAUAAGCACAGCUUCCACGCCCGGGGCUCAGUCAGUUAUUCCCCACCCAGGAAGCGGAGCACCCAGGACAAGUAUGAAAAGCGACCCCACAGGCGGUGAGGCAGGGGCACACUGAGCCCAAUGCACCAGCCACGGGGACGUGUGGAGAAAGAAGGCUGCUGAGAACAGGCAGUAGCUGGCAGGGCCGACACCUGGGAGCGACUUUUGCAGUAGGUCCUUUGUCUUUGCUUUUAAAGAGGCUGUUGAUGAGAAGCAAAAAAUGACUUACUCUUCAAGGAAAAGUACAAAGAAACUUGGUCUGAAGAUGUCUUGGCAAGGUGAAGCUACUUCAGCCGUGUAGUAUACAUAUCUAUUGUUUUUAUUCUCUCUUGCUUGGGAGUGAGUUUCAAAAUAGCCAAAUCUAGAAUUUAAAGUUUUCAGAGAUUGUUAAAACAGUUCCAAAUCUUUUUGGUUAUUUCUCAGAAUUUCUCAAAAAAUAAAAUCCUAUACUUUACUUUUUUGGGUGUCAAAUUUAAAAUUUAGAAAUCACCUAACCAGUGACCAUAUUUAUGAAAACUUGUAGUCCUCCAAGGGCUGGGAAUUUACCAAGAAACUCUUUGAUAACGCUACAUUCAUUUUCCUUUAAGUGAACAAUGUAGGAGAUUCUCAAAAAUGGCUUUGAAUUUAAUGCUCCAUGUCCAUUACCAGAGGUUAAAAAAAAUUGGUUCUGUUGUUUCUUGUGCAUUCUCAAACUCAUUCUUUAGAUAGAACAAUUUUUCUAUGCUUAAUUUUUUUGGAUAUAUAAGUUUUAAGUGGUGCUUAAAAAAACCUGCAAGAGUUAAAACUAACAAUUAUUUAAUUUUAUUUUGCUAAAAGACUUAUGAUACCACUAGAUCUUAUUUUGCUAAAGACUUAUGAUACCACUAUUAGUAUAGUUGUCCCAGAAAUCCACAUUUUAAAUAAAAGUGUGUUUAUGAUGCCUUUUUCCCCCCAGUAUCAGUUUUUAAUACCUGUUUUAACAUAGAAUUACAAACCUUUCAAACCUGUAUUCCUCCUUCAUACUCAGGAAAAUGUCAACAAGCGCCCUCCUCCCCAUUCCACAAAAGGAAGAAGAAUCUGUCUUCCUGUCCCCCUCCCAAAUUUUCCAGAGUGUCAUGCCUGGCUGCCCCCAGAUAAUCACUCUGCCCCAGCUCCACUCCCUGCUUCCUGGCAGCCAAGAAAAGCCCUUUCUACAUCACUAGAAAGGAGCAUAUCCAAAAAGUCAGCUUUGGGGUGUUAGAGACUAGAAUGCUUCCCUCCGCACAAGCUGCUGUGCCACACCCUCAGUCUGCUCGGGGGUAACCACCCAAAGCAUUCUCACCGGAUCUGCGCCUUCUCCCACUCCAGACCCUGGGGACCUAUCCUAUGAUUUUGUCACACCACACAGUCCUUUCAAACACACAAGAGGAAUCAUUUGUUUCAUCUGUCUUUAUUCACAUCUAGUUAUGCAUUAGCCUAGAUUACUUGUGCUAAAUUUGAAACGUUUUAUAUUUAAAUAUUUAUUAGAAAUAGCACAGAGCGAUGGAGUUCUUAAAAAUUUUUGUUAUAAGUAAAAAUAAAGCUGAAUUGUAUCAUU